GUGACAGCAGGCAUGAGACAGGGCCCUUUUGCUUUUGUUUGCUGUCCGCGUGGCAUCUCCCUCAUAACAACCGCCAGCGGUCAACAUCUGCCCAUUGACUCCCGAGUCUUUUCAAUCCUUCAACGUCGUCUCUUGUCACGACUAAAGUUCAUUCGUCAACGUCCAGUACAACGAAGUCUUUAAUUUUUCUUCAGUUGUACUAGACCGGCAGGUCCGCUGGUCUCGUCUAGGUCGCUUUUGUUGUUGGUUUUUUCUAGCAACUUGGCUUGACGUCAGGACCAAUUUUCCACAGGUUCAGCAAGCAAACGGAUUUGUACAAGUUUCGAAGAACAAACUACUCGUUUUUUCCCAACUUUCUAUUUCAACAAUGAGUCUUCGUCAACCCAGCCCCAGUCCUUCUCCUGGACCCAACGAGAACGGUCAGAGGAAUCAGGCUGCUCGCCAGUCUAUGGGCCCAGCUGCCAGACUUGCCCCAGCUUCUCCUAGACCAGGUGGUGGUUCAGGUGCUCGCCCUACGAGUGAGCUUUUAGGAGGAUCUAGUGGCUAUCAGACAACUCCAGAGGCCGAAGCAAUCGACCAAUGGUUUGAAAACCUCCAAAAUUACGAAGCAACCCUAGAGGAAAUGGCUGCCGCCUCUUUAGAUGUUAAUUUCAAAGAAGAACUUUCUGCCAUCGAGCAAUGGUUCAAAGUUCUUUCAGAAGCCGAGCGCACAGCCGCUCUCUACAGUCUUCUUCAACAUUCGACUCAAGUACAAAUACGUUUUUUCAUCACCGUCUUACAGCAGAUGGCUCGCUCUGAUCCGAUGACUGCACUUCUGAGUCCUGCUAUGGGUUCUAUGCAAAGUCAAAUGGAAGCUAAACUCGCCACUCUCAAGUCGCCUGGUCUCAAAUCGAACAUGCCCGCUUCCCCCACCGCUCGUAAUUUUAACAGUGGUCUCGGUGGAGGGGCAGGCAGCCGACAGUCGUUGAUCAUAGAAAGCUCACCAUCCAAUUAUCUUUCCCCAGAAUCAGCCGCGAACACUUCGGGUUCAUCGGACCCAGCAGCUAUGCUAGCUCAGCAACGUGCCAAAUUCAAAGCGAGCAACGCCGCGCACAGAAUCAGUGCACCUGUUCUCGCUGGCACCGGAGAAGGAAGGACAACUGGUACUUGGGGCAGCCAACUGGGUCAAGUCGCAGAAUCCAACCCGACCUCUUCAAACGUGGCCACUAACGGUGGCGCGCAAGAAAUUGUCGUACCUUCUUCGUCUUCGCGUCCCAAGUCUACCGAAUUUAGUGGAACCAUCGGCUCUCCCCGUUCUGGGGCUACCGCUGGAGGUGAUGCCACGGUCCCUUCAGGUGACAGUUGGGCUAGCAUGGUCAAUACUCCUUUGAUCCCCAUGUUCCAAAAAGACAACUCCAGGCUCAACCCUAGCCUUGAUUCGGCUGCUAACAAGCUGAACGAAUGGCAAAGCAAGACUGCGGCACCUGGCGUACCAAGAAUGGGAGAUCCGACCGUUCACAGGCGCGUACCCAAGAGUAGUAACAGUGCGGCCGGCAAUGGUUCAGAAUUCGACGAUAAUGUCAGUAUCCCCCUGUCAUCUCAGGGACAAAAUGGACAAGGUCAUCAGAACAGAGCGAGGAACGCUGGCGGCUGGAACAAUGCUGCGGGGGCAAGGAGCCCGGCGCUCUCGAAUACGUCCUCGAACCGUUAUAACAAUAACGACGACGCUGCUGCUGCAGCGAACUUGAUGAACGGAUUAACUAUGCAGAUGCAGGGAUUGGGGUUGAACCACAACUUCAACGGUAUGGGAGGUAUGGGAGGCAUGGGAGGCAUGGGGGGCAUGGGAGGUAUCCCGGGUAUGGGUGGUAUGGGGGGUAUGAAUGGUAUGAACGGAAUGGGAAGUCCUGGUUUGGGUGGGAUGGGUGGGAUGCCUAAUUUGGGAGUGAAUAUGAACGUACUCGCCGCGAUGGGGAUUUCUCCUGAAGCGCAAUUACUCGCGGCUCAAAUGGCAGCUUCUGGAUUUGGAAAUGCCCCCGGAUGGAUGGGUAUGCAAGGUAUGGGUGGCGGUGGGAUGGGCGGUCAGCGGAGGGCUACUAGCGUUCGUUCUGCCGGUGGUGGUACUGGUGGAUCUGGCCGUCCUUCGAUUUCUAGUGCGACGCCCAAGGGAGAAGAUGAUGUGGACCCUGCAUUGCUGAACGAUAUACCGGGAUGGCUGAGGAGUUUACGCUUGCACAAAUAUACACCUAACUUUGAAGGGAUGAGAUGGCAGGAUAUUGUUAUGAUGGAUGAAGCGCAGUUGGAGGGGAAGGGUGUUGCGGCGCUUGGGGCUAGGAGGAAGAUGUUGAAAACCUUUGAGUUGGUCAGGAAGAAGAUGGGCAUUGAGGGUGGACCGGCUGAGGUGCUUUGAGGUAUGACAUAGAGAAUACGCUCGGCACCCAAUGCCCAAAAACCACCUCCCUCUUCAUGAUAUUCAUUACAGGACCCACCUUAUUCAUUUCUCAGCUUCAAAGCAUCUGUGGUCUCCAUCUUCUCGAUCCUUUUCCCUCUGUUUGCCCAUCCCACUCUUUCCUCACGCUCCUUUACUCUUCUAAUAUCCUCUUCAUUCUCGUUACAAACUGCCCACUCCUAUGAACGAUGUCUACUCUGAAGUGCUUUUGGGCUUCUUAUUACAUACCUCUUUUGUUUGGAACGUUUUCCCUCUGUACCGUCGAGUUGUUUGUACUUAUGCUAAAACCUUUCUCACUUUAUCUAUAUGG